UCCACGACAAAGGACAACGUUUCCUCGACGUUGGUGCGGCUAGAAAGACGUUGCCCGGUGGGAAGGCGACAUGAAUUCGGUCCCCGUUUUUUUGCUGGAAACGAUUUUGAAACCCUUUUUUUAAUGCACGUCCAGUUCACCGACUCAUGUUCACACUGCCAUUUAAAACCUGCCUGGCUCUCCAUCUAAGAAGAAUGACAUAUCUGCGCAGAGUGCUUAGACGACGACUGCACCCUCUUAAACUGGUAGUGGUGGCUCUGGCCUUUGUCAUGUUUUUGUUCCUUAUACAAUGGGAAGUGGAAAGCCAAAGUCCACAGAAGGACCCAUGGUUAAAGGAUAUAAAAGAGAAGCGCGAUACCAUGCUGGGCUUGAUGAUGGGAGCUGUGAAUAACUUCAGGGAUGCCAUGCCAAAGAUGCAGAUUAAAGCUCCUGUACAUAAGAGACACAGUGCAAACAGUGGGUCCUGUUUGCCGGGUCAUUACACAGCUGCGGAGCUCAAACCCGCCCUGGAAAGGCCUCCCCAGAACCCGCUGGCUCCCGGUGCCGCUGGCAAGCCCUUCCACACCAACGACCUGGGUGCUGCGGAACAGAAGGAAAAGGAGAUGGGCGAGCAGAAGCACUGCUUCAAUCUGUAUGCCAGUGACCGCAUCUCGCUGAGCAGAGACCUGGGCGCAGACACAAGACCACCAGAAUGUAUUGAGCAAACCUUCAAGCGAUGUCCGGCCUUGCCAACCACCAGCGUGAUAAUCGUGUUUCACAAUGAGGCCUGGAGCACCCUGCUAAGGACGGUGUACAGCGUCCUGCAUACAUCCCCUGCCAUUCUCCUCAAAGAAAUUAUCCUGGUGGACGACGCCAGUGUUGAUGAUGUGCUGAAGAACCAGCUGGAUGAGUACCUGAAAGCACUGAUUAUUGUCCGCGUCGUUCGGCAGGUAGAGAGGAAAGGCCUCAUUAGCGCUCGUUUACUGGGCGCGUCCGUUGCCACCGGUGACACGCUUACCUUUCUGGACGCCCAUUGUGAAUGCUUUAAUGGCUGGCUAGAGCCGCUGCUAGCCAGGAUAGCACAGAACUCAACUGCAGUGGUCAGUCCUGACAUCUCAACAAUUGAUCUCAACACCUUUGAGUUCAUGAAGCCAUCCCCGUACGGCCAGAACCACAACCGGGGGAAUUUUGACUGGGGCUUGUCCUUCGGGUGGGAGAGUAUUCCGGAUCAUGAGAAAAACAGGAGGGAGCAUGAGACUGAUCCAAUCAAGACUCCCACCUUUGCCGGCGGUCUGUUCUCCAUCUCUAAGGAAUAUUUCUACCACAUCGGAAGCUAUGAUGAGGAAAUGGAAAUCUGGGGUGGCGAGAAUAUUGAAAUGUCUUUCAGGGUGUGGCAGUGCGGCGGCCUGCUGGAGAUCAUCCCGUGCUCAGUGGUGGGCCACGUUUUCCGCACCAAGAGCCCCCACACCUUUCCCAAGGGCACUCAGGUUAUCACACGUAACCAGGUCCGACUGGCGGAAGUCUGGAUGGACGAGUACAAGGAGAUCUUCUACCGUCGUAACCAGCAAGCCAGGAAGAUGGCUAAAGAGCAAACAUUCGGGGACAUCUCAAAGCGUAUCAACCUCCGCGAGCGCCUGCAGUGCAAGAGCUUUUCCUGGUAUUUGAAGAACAUCUAUCCAGAGGUCUACGUGCCUGAUAUGAACCCUCUGCGCUUUGGCGCAGUGAAGAAUGUUGCCAAGGACUCCUGUCUGGAUGCAGGCGAGAACAAUGACGGUGGCAAACAGCUGAUCAUGUACCCUUGUCACGGAUUGGGGGGGAACCAGUAUUUUGAGUUCUCCACUCAUCACGAGAUUCGACAUAACAUUCAGAAGGAGCUGUGUUUGCACGGAACAGAGGGGGCUGUAAAGCUGGAGGCCUGCCAGUAUAAAGGCAUGAAUACAGUUGUGGGUGUGCAGCAAAAGUGGCAGCUGACAGAUAACCAGUUGUACUUGCCGGCACUGAACAUGUGUCUGAGCGCCCGUUUUGAGCAUCCCGCUCUGGCUCCAUGCGACCCUUCGGACAGAUACCAGCUUUGGUCCUUCAUCUAAAUGGUAACAUCUGGAGUGUCGCUUUUAUAGAGUCAUGACUGCAAGGAGUUUUAAUUUAUUUUUAACACACAAAAACGGAACUGUUGCUGCUUCAAAGUGUGAAUGUUGGGAGAAAGCACGGUGGGGUCGCUUUGGGGAGGAAACCUUUGACAUGUCGCCUCCCCAGCUCACAAUGUGAACUCAAAGAUGCUUGGAACAAUGAAGAUGCACUGACGGGGGGCUUCUCUUUGUGUUUGAGAUCAAAUAUUUGGACAAAAGUAUCGGGACUUAUGGCCAUUCCGUAGGCAAUAUGUAAAUGAUAAGAAAUAGAGAUCUUAAGUACUCCAGUCAAAAGAAUUGUUACCACUAAAUUGGAAGCACACAUCUUUCUAAAAUAUUUUGGUUAGAUUAAAAAAAAAAUCACCAAGUUUGUCUGCUACCGCGACUUUUGUUCAUGUGUAUUACAAAUUCUCGUCAAUGUAAUGUGCUGUACUGCGCAUUUGAAGCCAACAUUGAAUUGAAUAUGUCUAUUAAAAAAUGUGCACCAAAGAGACUGAAUUGAAAAAGCUGAAUCACAAAUAUGAGCGCUGCCUUAAAGAAGAUAUUUUUAUACAACUUUCAUCCAGUGCCUUAGAUGUCAUUAUAUUCUAUAGCAGUUGGUAGAAAGGGAUCUGUUGUGGGUCGUCACCAUCAUUAUUUUCUUGGUUGUCGACCAAGAAAGUUGACUCUGGAGCAACGUGAUGCACUGUCCCAUGUUUAGCUGGAAAUUUUUAUGUGACAAAUUCAAAAUGCCAACACACUGUGAUGUAAAAGAGGCAAAAGCCCAAACCUGAUGUCCUAAAUACUGCAAACUUUUAUAGCAUUACUGUAUUAUUUCAUGUGAAAACGAGACUUGAGAAGAAAUAAAUAUGGGCAGUCAUUUGUCUAGAAGCCCCAAUAAGUGGCUUUCU